GGUAAACACUAAUAGGCAUGGAGCGGGCGCCUGUUGUACGACCACACCAUGAUAAAACUGAAGGGGACGCGCAGGUUUCCUGAUGUAAGCAGGUCGCGCCGCUUUCCCUAACCGAUGGCUCGCCCUCCUUGCCUGAUAGGUACCUAGGUAAGUAACCCCAUUCCACUCGGCUUAGUACUACUGCCACGCCAGAAACGUCAAGUGGCUAAAUUGAUCUCCAUCUCCCAAUUACCUCGCAUCGAUGAAGCUGAGACAUUGUGUCCAACACUUGCUGGGAUCGUGCGCCGGGGAGAGGGUGCGUGCCAUGGGGGAUAAGACAUAAAGUAGGGCGACCGCCACGAGGUCGAAAACUUCCUUCUCUUCCUCAAUACCCCCCAGCCUAGCAAAGUCAGCCCGCGGAACCAAAAAGAAACGCAACAAUGCUCUCCUCAGCAAUCCCAGACCAUCUCCAGUGCCCGCGCGCUCAACCGUCUCGGCUGCCACACGCCGAGUUCCAGCCCCCAUAUCCGGCUUACAGCAUCCGCUUUCCCCAAGACAUCUCCCAGCUCGUUAUCGCUAUCAUCGGCGCGCAACACAAAACCCGCUCCGACACCGCUACUAGAACCUCCAUCUCAACCCUCUCAGGCUUCCUAACCGCCCCAACAGCCACCCCGCCGUCCUUUUCCGAGUUCGCAUCUGCAACCGACAACAAAGGCUUCCACAACAUCGCCGCCCUCGCCUACUGGCCGAGCAAACCCGCCUACGAAACCUGGGCAUCCGAAUCCGGCUUCCAGACUUGGUGGCGCUCUCUCCAACCCGAGACCCUCCAAAACGGCUGGUUUCUCGAGGUGCUUUUCCCAACAGCCGACCGCUUCGAAACCCUCUUCAACACAGAAUCCAAUCGCGAAGGCUCCGCGCACAUGGGCCAGUGCAUGAGCGGUCCAAUUCAGGAACACGGCUACUGGGGGAGCAUGCGCGAUAGACUCCCCCUCUCGCAGACUGACGCACUCGCCGGGAGCAAAGAGCAUAUCAAACUCCCCACUACUAGCGGCAGCAGCGGCCGGGUUAUCGUGCCGGGAAAGAAGAACCUCGCUGUCAUUCGCUCAGGGCAGGACUGGUCUGCCACGACGCCCGGGGAACGGAAGCUGUACCUCGAGACGAUGCAUCCGGUGCUGACGCGGGGGAUGGAUUUUCUGAGGGAUCGUGGGGAGGAGGUGGGCUGUUACAGUUGCCGGUUUAUGGAGAUUGUUGAUGCAAAGACGGGGAAGGCAGCGGAGGAGGAGGGGGGAGGGGGGAUUGACCGGACGUUUGGGUUGGCGUAUUUUGACGAACUUGCGAGCCUUGAGGCGUGGAGCAGGGAGCAUCCAACGCAUUUGGCCAUUUUUGGGGGUUUUCAAAAGUAUGCGAGAACGCUGCGCAAUGAGGUUACGCUGAGGGUGUUUCAUGAGGUCGCGGUUCUGGACGAGGACCAGCAGUUCUUUGAGUAUGUCGGGUGUCAUGACACGACCGGGAUGCUUGCGAGACACUACUAGUGAAUAGCAAGGUGGGAAAUGGAGCGGUGAUAAUAGCGUUAUCGUGUGCGGCAUAGUUCCUGGGAUCAUCAAGGCCUUAAUACGUCGAAAAAUUG